GUACCCCUUGUUUUGUAUAAAGUUUCGCCCUUCGAGCACCUCUUUGGUCAAGCACCCAGAAUUCCUUGCAGAAUUCUGGCCGACAGGACAGGUAACAAUAGCUAGGUAUUCCCGGCAGAACUGUCCACCGUGUAAGACACGAUGUAAAGGGUCAGGACAGAUUGGUUAAGUUUUGCACCAGCUUGUGCCUAUGACUUACAGCAAGUCUACUGCAACAUUUUAGUAUAUUUCUGCACGGAAAACAGACCGUGCACCAUGCUGAGGUGUUCGUGGUAACUGAUGUCAUGAUGACGACGAUGAUGUCGGUGAUGUUGAUGAUGGUGUCGAUGACGAUGAUGACAAUGAUCUUGAUGAAGACGAUGUCGAUGAUGAUGUCUACGACUUAGUCGCGGGAAUCUCCAGUACUUGUGAACAUUGAUCCCAACCACAGUCUGGGACUACAGCCCCGGAGGCUUGGGAGGUUUAAGGACAGUGUUGGACUUGAUUGAGACUGUCGUAUGGAUGGACAAUACUAGUAAUGAUUGAAAUUGAGUUCUAAAUUGGUUUGAGUUUUUGAGAACACGUGUUGAUAGUUGAUACAGCUGUUUAAACAUCUUUUGAUCAUUUUUUUUUAUCAUUGUAAAUAACAUUUUUUUUUUGGUUACGAUCAUUUGAGUGAGUGUGUGUGUGUGUGUGUGUGAUUGCGUGAUUUAUUUGUUAAUUGUCUUUUCUUUAUUUCUUUUUUUUUGUGUAAAUAAAUUCUUGUUUUCUUUGAAGAAAUUCUUGUUUUGAUUUGAAAAGGAAAGCCUGGCUCAUUCCACGUUACAAAUUUGGUGGCAGCGGUGGGAUGACAGACUCUCUUUUUAAAUCAAACUAGAAUUCUUCUAUGGUGAAGGUUUGCCAGGAUUAAUUUUUUGAUUUAUAUUUUUCGUUAUAGUUAGCGUUGGUUAAGAGUUGAGUAGUUAAUCCAAGGGCAACAUGCAGAUCAGCUUUGGUGAGUGAAGUUAUGGCUCUCCCUUAUGAUACUUAAGUUAAGGUAAGCUAGCUGAGUAAGAUCUUUGAUAAAUAUAUAUAGUGAGACUAUUAUUCCUUUGGACUUAAAAUUGGUAAGGUGGUUCAGUUUAGUCAUCCAUCAUGUCUACUGUGAAGGAAAUGCAGGAGUUGCUGGAGCUUGGUACUCAAAUGGGAUUCAAGGAUGAGGCUCUACAAAAUUUUGUGAAGGAGGAACAAUCUAGACUUCGUGAUGAACGAGAAAGACAAAGAGAAGAAAGAAAGUCGAAGGAGGAACGUGAACAUCAGUUGCAGCUGGAAAAAGAACGUACAGAAAGAGAGCGUGAGGAACGUGAACACAUUCUUCAGAUGGAAGCGAGCAAAGAACAUUUUGCUUAUUCCGAACACAAACGCAAGAUGGAAGAAAUGGAAAUUGAUCAUAAAUUCCAACUACUAGCAGCUGAAAGGUCUCACAAAGUGUUGGAUUCAUCUUCACACGGCACGGAAAUGCAACAACCAAUAAAAGGACCAAAACUUCCUGCGUUCGACGAUUCGAAGGAUAAUAUUGACGCUUACAUCCAACGUUUUGAGAUUUAUGCGACAUCACAGAAAUGGCGUAGGGAUAACUGGGGAGCUCAUCUUAGUGCCUUACUCAAAGGAAAAGCUCUGGAUGUGUUUUCAAGACUUCCUCCAGAAUCUGCUUUAGAUUUCGAUGAACUGAAAAAGGCUCUUCUUAAACGUUUUGAUAUGACGGAAGAUGGAUUUCGCAAGAAGUUUAGAUCAUCCUGCGUUCGAUCAAGGAUAAUAUUGACGCUUACAUCCAACGUUUUGAGAUUUAUGCGACAUCACAGAAAUGGCGUAGGGAUAACUGGGGACAUCUUAGUGCCUUACUCAAAGGAAAAGCUCUGGAUGUGUUUUUAA